AUGGAAGUUAAGGGUAAGAGAGCACAUGUAUUGGCUGUGCCAUGUCCUGCCCAAGGACAUGUCCGGCAACUCAUGAAGCUGUCGACCCAAAUUGCGAAUCGUGGGAUUAAGAUUACAUUCGUUAACACAGAGUACAUACAUGCAAAAGUGCUAGCUGCAAUGUCUGAGGAGGAUAAGAGGCAAAGCCACAUAGAACUAAUGUCAAUUCCAGAUGGACUGACUCCUGAGGAUGAUAGAAAUGAUGGUUUUAAGCUAAUAGAAAGUCUUCGAAGAACGAUGUCUAGAAAUUUGACAGAUUUAAUAGAGAAGAUUAAUUGUCAAGACAAGGAUGAAAAGAUUAGCCAUGUCAUAGCUGAUACUACAAUUGGGUGGAUUCUAGACAUUCCCAAAAAGAUGGGAGCUGAACCAGUAGCCUUUCAACCUUUUGCAGCCGCAGGCAUGGUCCUCCAACUUCAUAUUCCAAAGCUUAUUGAAGAAGGAAAUCUCGAUAUAAAUGGAUUUAUGAUGGAAAAUGAAUUGAUCAAGGUGUCACAUGAUUUACCUCCGUGGAGAAGAAAUGAACUGAUAUGGAGCAUCCCGAGUGACCUAAAGGGUCAAAAGAUAUUGUUUGAAUGUAUUCUGACUGCCGGACAAUCAAUACAUCAUGCUUCUUGGAUACUCUGCAAUACUUUUUAUGAACUUGAAUCAUCAGCUUGUAAUUUGAUUCCCAACUUCUUAUCGAUUGGACCAUUGCUUAGGAGUGAUACCUCAAAAUCUUGUGCCAGCGGUGGGAGCUUUUGGGUGGAGGACACAACUUGUUUAAGCUGGUUAGAUGAAAAACCAGAUGGUUCGGUGAUUUAUGUUUCUUUCGGCAGCAUUGCAGUGUUAUCUCAAGAUCAACUAAAUGAGCUAGCGCUAGCUCUUGAACUUUCAGGUCGGCCCUUUCUGUGGGUCGUUAGAUCAAAUCUUGUGAAUGGAUCCCAAGCUGAGUACCCAAACGGCUUCAGGGAAAGAGUGGCAGAACGCGCAAAAAUUGUAGAAUGGGCACCUCAAGAAGAAGUAUUGGCUCAUUCUUCUGUCUGGUGUUUUUUGAGCCAUUGUGGAUGGAACUCUACCAUGGAAGGCUUAAGCUUAGGUGUUCCUUUCUUGUGUUGGCCUUACUUUGCAGAUCAAUUUCAUAAUGAGAACUACAUUUGUGAUAUGUGGAAGAUUGGUUUGAGACUGAAUCAUGAUGAGAAUGGCCUCAGAUCAAGGCAUGAAAUUAUAACUAAAAUAGAAAUGUUGUUUUCUGAUCGCAGUGUGAAAGCAAAUGCUCUGAAACUAAAAGAAAAGGCUCAAAGGAGUGUUAGUGAGUCUGGAUCUUCUUUUAAGAAUUUCGAAACAUUCAUCGGUCAUCUGAAAAAAUGA